AUGCCACUAAGCACAGUGAACGCCUGGAUCCCGGAGUCCAGCCUGAUUCAAGCCGGACUCGGGAGGCCGCCUCCGCCGGGCCGCACUGGCGCGCGGCCGUUCUCGGGGCCUCCGUCGGCGACCGACCGAGUAAUCGGCCCGGCCCAGUGGCAGUACGUGACUGUGGCUGAAACAUCGGGAAAAGUGCCAAUGCGAAACAGUAGCUGUGUGGGCAUGGGAGGCUUGAGCGGGAAGAUGGGAGCGUUGGGUAUGGAGGAGAAUGAAGAAGAGGAGAAGAGUAGUGGCAAUAAGAAGUAUCAGAACAACGUGGGCAAGGCGGAGGAGGAGGGGGUGGGAAGGGGGGGGGGGGGCACGAUGAACAUGAUCGGAAUCGUCACACUAGUACAACUUGGAGGCAACCUGAUGCCGAAGCUGAGAGGCGACACGGGAUUUCAUCGAGUCCCUUCGAAGGAAUGUCCUGUGCCAUCGCGACAGCUUUAUCUGAUAGCAGAUCAUGAAGGCGCCAAGUUGAGAUCAGGGGGAAUCGGUACGGAUCGCAAUCACUUAUGGCAGCUGGAGAAUGUUCGAGAGGAGGAGAACGUCUUGUGGUUUGGUCUGAGAUCGAUGAACAACGGGAAGGACGCAGAGCUGACACAGGAGCAGGAGAUCAAGAUGGUGGAUCAGCUCGAUGAGGAUUGUAUCUGGAGAAUUCCCGUCGAAGCAGCUCGCUUGCUUGUCGGCCUUCCGUGCAAGGUUCCCUUGGCUCGGGGUGUGGAGAGGUCUGAUAGUCUGCAGGUGAAGUCCUCCUGCGACAGAUACUUGUCGGUAGCCCCUUCUAUGGGUAACGAGGAAGGGUCGAGCCAACAGCAUGAGAGGAUUGUGCGGACGACAGCAGAUCGAAGAAAGAAGGCAGGAGAGUUCUGCUUCCAUGGGCUGGGAAGAAGAGCAGAAGCUGUGUGGGGAUGGAGCUCGGUCAAGAAAGAGUGA